GAGAGAGAGCGCGGCGCGCGCGCGUCAAGGCCGCCGCCGCCGCCGCUGCGUUUCCCUCAGGCUCUGGACUCCAUGGCUGAGGCGGUGGCGGCGGCGGCGGCGCCGUGAGGAAGGAGUCCGCGUCCGCGGUGGCUGAGGCGGCGGCCGGCUCCAGGCCGGGUUUUGGCGCCCGCCCGCCUGCUGCCUCCUGGCGGCUCCUGAACUCCAGCCCCCUCUCUAUCAGCCUCUCACUCCGUCUCAAUAUGUCUCAAGAUGGCGGCCAAUGUGGGAUCGAUGUUUCAAUAUUGGAAGCGCUUUGAUUUACAGCAGCUGCAGAGAGAACUCGAUGCCACCGCAACAGUAUUGGCAAACAGGCAAGAUGAGAGCGAACAGUCCAGAAAGCGGCUCAUUGAGCAGAGCCGAGAAUUCAAGAAGAACACUCCAGAGGAUUUACGCAAGCAGGUAGCACCACUGCUCAAGAGCUUCCAAGGGGAGAUUGAUGCACUGAGUAAAAGGAGCAAAGAAGCAGAAGCAGCCUUCUUGACUGUGUACAAGAGACUAAUUGAUGUUCCAGAUCCCGUACCAGCCCUGGACCUCGGGCAACAGCUGGAAAUAAAAGUGCAGCGUCUACACGACAUUGAAACAGAGAACCAGAAACUUAGGGAAACACUAGAAGAGUACAACAAGGAGUUUGCUGAAGUGAAAAACCAAGAGGUUACGAUAAAAGCACUUAAGGAGAAAAUCCGAGAAUACGAGCAGACCCUGAAGAGUCAGGCCGAGACCAUCGCUCUGGAGAAGGAGCAGAAGCUACAAAAUGAUUUUGCAGAGAAGGAGAGAAAGCUGCAAGAGACACAGAUGUCCACCACCUCAAAGCUGGAGGAAGCUGAGCACAAACUCCAGACUCUGCAAACAGCCCUGGAAAAAACUCGAACAGAAUUAUUUGACCUGAAAACCAAAUACGAUGAAGAAACCACUGCAAAGGCCGACGAGAUCGAGAUGAUCAUGACUGACCUUGAACGAGCCAACCAGAGGGCAGAGGUGGCACAGAGAGAGGCAGAGACUUUAAGGGAACAGCUUUCAUCGGCCAACCACUCUCUCCAACUGGCCUCGCAGAUCCAGAAGGCUCCAGAUGUGGCCAUAGAGGUGCUGACCCGAUCCAGCCUGGAAGUAGAGUUGGCUGCCAAAGAGCGGGAGAUUGCCCAGCUGGUGGAAGAUGUGCAGCGACUCCAGGCCAGCCUCACCAAGCUGCGUGAGAAUUCCGCCAGCCAGAUCUCACAGCUGGAGCAGCAGCUGAACGCCAAGAAUAGCACACUCAAACAACUGGAAGAAAAACUCAAAGGCCAGGCUGACUAUGAAGAUGUGAAGAAAGAGUUGACCACUCUGAAGUCCAUGGAGUUUGCACCAUCGGAGGGAGCAGGGACACAGGACUCAACCAAGCCCCUGGAGGUUUUACUCCUGGAGAAGAACCGCUCGCUGCAGUCCGAGAAUGCCACGCUGCGCAUCUCCAACAGUGACCUGAGCGGGUCAGCCAGGAGAAAAGGGAGAGACCAGCCUGAGAGUCGGCGCCCGGGACCCUUGCCGGCCUCCCCUCCUCCUCAGUUGCCCCGCAACACGGGGGAACAGGUUUCCAAUACUAACGGUACACACCACUUCUCACCAGCGGGGUUAAGUCAAGACUUUUUCAGCUCAAACCUGGCCAGCCCCAGCCUACCCCUGGCUUCUACAGGAAAGUUUGCACUAAACUCUCUUCUCCAGCGACAGCUAAUGCAGUCCUUCUACUCCAAGGCCAUGCAGGAAGCCGGAAGCACAAGCACCAUUUUUUCAACAGGUCCUUACAGCACAAACUCCAUAUCUUCCCCAAGUCCAUUACAACAAAGCCCAGAUGUAAAUGGCAUGGCCCCAUCUCCCAGCCAAUCAGAAAGUGCUGGGAGCGUCUCAGAGGGUGAGGAAAUUGAUACAGCAGAAAUCGCCCGGCAGGUCAAAGAGCAACUGAUCAAGCACAACAUUGGACAGCGCAUUUUUGGACAUUACGUCUUGGGACUAUCUCAAGGGUCUGUGAGUGAGAUUCUGGCCCGGCCAAAGCCCUGGAAUAAGCUGACUGUCCGUGGCAAGGAGCCAUUCCACAAAAUGAAGCAGUUCUUGUCUGAUGAGCAGAACAUCCUGGCACUUCGAAGCAUCCAAGGCAGACAGAGAGGUAACAUCACGACCCGGAUCCGAGCAUCUGAGAGUGGUUCUGAUGAAGCCAUCAAGUCCAUCCUAGAACAAGCCAAGAGGGAACUCCAAGUGCAGAAAACCGCUGAGCCAGUCCAGGCAUCUUCCACAUCCAGCAGUGGGAACUCUGACGAUGCCAUCCGCUCCAUCCUACAGCAGGCCCGCCGGGAAAUGGAGGCCCAGCAGGCUGCCCUUGACCCCGCCUUAAAGCCAGCACCACUGUCCCAGCCCGACCUCACCAUCCUCAACCCCAAGCUCCUGUCUGCCUCACCCAUGUCUACCACUUACCCCCCUCUUGCCAUCUCCCUGAAGAAAACCCCUGCAGCACCUGAGGCCAGUACCUCAGCCUUGCCCAGUGCCCCAGCCCUCAAAAAAGAGGCUCAGGAUGCACCCACACUGGACCCACCAGGAUCAGCCGAUGCUACCCCGGGGGUUCUGAGGCCGGUGAAGAAUGAGCUAGUCCGCGGCAGCACCUGGAAGGAUCCUUGGUGGAACCCUGUACAGCCUGAAAGAAGAAAUCUUACCACUUCCGAAGAGACCAAGGCCGAUGAGACAAAUGCAAGUGGGAAAGAAAAGGCAGGCAGCAGCCAACCGCGGGCUGAGCGCAGCCAGCUUCAGGGACCCUCGGCCACAGCAGAGUACUGGAAAGAGUGGCCCAACGCUGAGUCCCCAUACUCCCAGAGCUCAGAGCUGAGCCUCACCGGAGCCAGCCGCAGUGAGACACCCCAGAAUAGCCCACUGCCCUCUUCCCCAAUUGUGCCCAUGGCAAAGCCGGCCAAGCCUUCCGUGCCCCCGCUGACUCCUGAGCAGUAUGAGGUCUACAUGUAUCAGGAAGUGGACACCAUCGAGCUCACUCGGCAGGUCAAAGAGAAGUUGGCCAAAAAUGGCAUUUGCCAGAGGAUCUUUGGGGAGAAGGUUCUGGGCCUGUCCCAGGGCAGCGUCAGCGACAUGCUCUCAAGGCCAAAACCAUGGAGCAAACUGACCCAGAAAGGCCGAGAACCCUUCAUCCGGAUGCAGCUCUGGCUGAAUGGAGAGCUAGGCCAAGGUGUUCUGCCUGUGCAAGGGCAACAACAAGGACCAGUCCUUCACUCAGUGACGUCUCUGCAGGACCCCCUCCAGCAGGGCUGUGUGAGCUCAGAAAGCACUCCAAAGACCUCUGCCAGCUGCAGCCCUGCCCCUGAGUCCCCAAUGAGUUCCAGCGAAUCUGUGAAGAGUCUCACCGAGCUGGUCCAACAGCCCUGUCCCACCAUUGAGACCAGUAAAGAAGGCAAACCACCAGAACCCAGUGACCCACCCACCUCAGACUCCCAACCCACAACACCACUGCCUCUCUCUGGACACUCAGCCCUCAGCAUCCAAGAAUUAGUAGCCAUGUCUCCUGAGCUGGACACCUACGGCAUAACCAAGAGGGUCAAAGAGGUGCUGACGGACAACAACCUCGGUCAGCGCUUAUUUGGGGAGACCAUUCUGGGGCUCACCCAGGGUUCUGUCUCCGACCUCCUUGCCCGCCCAAAGCCCUGGCAUAAGCUUAGUCUGAAAGGACGGGAGCCCUUUGUCCGCAUGCAGCUAUGGCUCAACGACCCCAACAAUGUGGAGAAGCUGAUGGAUAUGAAGCGGAUGGAGAAAAAAGCCUACAUGAAGAGGCGACACAGCUCUGUCAGUGACAGUCAGCCUUGUGAAUCCCCCUCUGUUGGUAUCGACUAUAGCCAGGGUGCCAGCCCCCAGCCACAACACCAGCUGAAGAAACCUCGAGUGGUCCUGGCUCCAGAGGAGAAGGAAGCACUGAAGCGAGCAUAUCAGCAGAAGCCAUACCCAUCACCAAAAACCAUCGAGGAGCUUGCCACACAACUCAACCUGAAGACUAGCACCGUCAUCAACUGGUUCCACAAUUACAGGUCUCGGAUCCGCAGAGAACUGUUCAUUGAGGAGAUUCAAGCCGGAAGCCAGGGCCAGGCCGGUGCCAGCGACUCACCUUCAGCUCGAAGUAGCCGGGCUGCACCCAGCUCUGAAGGCGACAGUUGUGACGGCGUGGAAGCCGCUGACACCGAGGAGCCAGGUGGCAACAUAGUGGCCACCAAGUCUCAGGGAGGGCCGGCAGAGGUGACCGCAGCCCCGGCAGACCGGGAAGAAGCGACGCAGCCGGCCGAGAAGGCGAAGGCACAGCCACUAUCCUCGGGGACCCCAGGACAAGACGACGGUGAAGACGCAGGCCGGUCUAGGCCACCUCCUGAGGGCCUUGCUGAUGCCCCAGCGCCCGUGCCAAACCUCGCCGCACCCGCGGCCGGAGAGGACGCCGCUACCUCAGCCACUGCCCCAGCCAUGGCCACCGAGGCCCCUGGGGCGGCCAGGGCGGGCCCUGCCGAGAGGAGUUCUGCGUUGCCAAGCACCAGCGCGCCUGCCAACGCGCCUGCGCGAAGGCCUAGCUCACUGCAGAGCCUCUUCGGUCUGCCUGAGGCAGCGGGCGCCCGGGACAACCCGGUGCGGAAGAAGAAGGCCGCGAACUUGAACAGCAUCAUCCACCGCCUGGAGAAGGCUGCCAGCCGGGAGGAGCCCAUUGAAUGGGAGUUCUGAGGGCGCCGGGCCUCUGGGCCUGACCAGCAGGGCCUCGCCGGGCUAGCCAGGCCUACUUGCGCCUAGCAGGUCCCCCAGGCCUAGUCAGCACUGGCUAGUGGUGGGCUGGGGCAGGCGGGUGCGUGGAGGGCUGUGCUGACCCGAGGCCGAGGCCUGGACGUGUUGCGCACUUACCGCCCUGCGGGCCACAGGGCAAAAUCGCCAUAGGCCAAGGUGCAUAUAGAAAACAAAGGAGCAUUAAGCCCAAUCUAUGUUGUGUUUUCAAGGAAGAAAACGGAAAUGUGUAGUCAAGCUUUUUUGUACCCUGAAGUGUUUUUUUUUUUAAUUGCCCUAAGUGAUUUCCACAGGUUCUGGAAUAACUCUUUACAGCUUUUGCCUUGCGCCCUCCUCUUUCGUGUGGGCUUUAAAAAAAAAAAAAAAAUCAAACCCACAUAUUAAAAGGGGGCUUUUUAUCUGCCAUCUAAUGGCUUCAGAGCGAUAAUACACUAUUAUCUUCUUAAACCAGGAAGGGGGGGAUUUUUUCAGAAAAAUUAAAAAAGAAAGUUUUUGUAGCUGUUCAGUUGCCACUAAGAGAUUGCACAGUCAAACCGACUCUAAACACACUAGUUUGGAUUCCUAAAUAUUUUCAAGAAAAGAAUCUUCUCGUUUGAAACUUUGAAUUAAAAUAAAACACAUUUACUCCACAUAUUUUUUAACAAAAAAAAGAAAAAAAAAGAAAAGUCACAUCAGGAAAAAUAUCUGAUUUUGUGGUAGCUGACGUAGUGUUUUCUUGUACGUAACUAGAAUCCUGACAUGUAGUGCACAUUGAUCCAUAGCUUUAACUGACUCUGGGCUUUUGCUGGCCAGAGUUUGUUUAAUACACUCCAUUCUAGGCCAAAUCAGGACAAAAAGAAAGAUCCGAAUCUAGGUAUUUUGUAAUCUGCUUUUUAACCUCUAACCGCAGAGCACGCUGAUCAGACCUCAUAUCUCGGAGGUUUAGGAGACAAGUUAGAACUGUAGCAUGUACCGGUUCAUUUUGUUUUAUUUAUGGUGUCUACGUCUGUGUUGGCACAUCUGCGCAUGUGCAAGCGGCGAAAGGAAGGAAAUGUAGGCCGGCAAGGUCACAGCAGUUAGUCCCUCACGUGCAGGCAACAGUCUGCUCAUCUUUCCUUGGCACAGAAGGCACCUCACCUCACGCCACUCUCCAGGGCACCUAACAGACUGAGCCCCCCAGGGGAAGAUGCUCCCUGGGCUUGGGCAGGGCUGGCGCAGCCAUGCGCGCACACACUCUUCCUCUCUCUUCUCAUCCCCUUCCCACCACAAGCACUGAUAACCCUAUCUACUCGUGGGAAGCUUCCUUCCCUGCAGAAGAGAGAACGCUCUAUCCCCAUCCCUGUAGAGCUGGCCCAAACUCACCAAAAUGGUGAUGCUCUUCAAUUCCAGACCGGACCAUUGGCCCUUCAUUCAUUUCUCCUCUCACAAGGUUUUUUUAUGCACAGUUUAGGGCAAUCUAAGUACAAAUCAAAAGUCUAACUUGUCUCUUGAUUCCUCCCGUUGUCUAUGUGUAUAUGCGUGAGUAUAGAGGUGGAUGAAAGUGUGCGUGCGUGUGCGUGUGCAGUUUUAUACGUCUGUGUAUUUUCUUAAGUACCUGUGCACACAGAGUGCACUACUGCCACCUUUUUCAAUAAGCUGGUUUAUCAGUCAUGGCUUCUACAGGUUUUGCUAAUUUAGACUCCUUAUUGCCAUAUCUUUAAACUAACAAUAGAUGAUUUCGGUAUAUAUCUAUAUUUUUUUUUGCUUAUUUAUAGGUGCUGUAUUUUAUUAUCUGAUUGUUAGGAAGGGAUGAAAGGGGCAAAUAUUCUUUAGAGGGAUAGACUGCCGGCAGUAUUGGGUAUAAUUUACAAGAUGUAGCUGUCAUACUGUAUAUUACUGAUUGAAAACUUUUUGACCGUAUUGUGUAUCAUUGAAACUUUUGUCUUAGGUCAACAUCUUUGGAUGACAUUUUAAUGGUGCAUUCAUUAUUUCUUAAGUUUAAUUAAUUAAUAGUACUUUUUUUUAUUUGGGAGGGUGGGAGGGAGUUCUAAUUUUAAGGCAUCUCCCGCUAGUACACCUCAGCGUGCUUGUUAUUUUUUAGCUUGUAGGCUUUGACUGUCAGAUGUGAACCCCAUUUCUUGCAUGAUGUUUGGAGCUUAUGUAUUUUCAUUCACAGUCUUUCAACCUGCAGCUGCAAGCCCUUAGUUGGAGCUUUCACAACUGUAAGAGUCGCGACACUAAAGACAAUGCCUUUCAUGAAUGAGAAGUUCCCAGGAGGCUCUAGGAGGCUGGGAGGCAGGCCCCUGCUCUGUCCCUGGAUGGUUGUAUCACUUCUGAGCUAGAGAUGAGAGUUCACAGUGGAGGAACAGGAGGGAAAACCGGCCCACCUGGCUCUGUGCUGAGUGAGGAAGAGCCCUGCACACCAGGGGCAUUAGGGACAUGGAGGAGCAGGGUCACUCCACAGAAACCUCAAGGGAGCCUGUCGUCGUGGGUGAUGGAUCUUAAAUUCCUAACUCUCACUAGAGUGAGAAGCAGAGUUAACAGGACCGAGGAGGGUAGUGUGUAAGUUUUAAAGGCAUGUCUGUUACUUAACAAAUCUGAGGAAAUGGAAGUCGAGGGUUUUUUCCAUCCUGGCAGCCACAAGGUAGCAGUGUAAAACAGCCUUUGACUCUUCCAAGCAAGUUGGUCGUUUUCGUCCCUUUAAUUUCUGAACUAGGUUCUUGUCGAUUUCCAUCCCGUCUCCUGUGCCAGACUCCAUCUGGGUGCUUGUUACAGUCACUUGGUUAGGUUUUUGCUUGAGUUCUGUAUUUGUAUUUUCUUAUUUAUUAUUAUUGUUAUUAUUAUUAUUAUUUUAAUUGAGAUCCCAACUUGAUGGUGUUUGGGGUUAAGCUAGCACUGUCUGCAGUUUUGCUAAGAGUUGCCAGUAGACAGCACAGAGACCUGGGGUUACACCUCCCUCCUCGUGUCCUCCCUCCCUUCCCAGUGUGAGUCCAAGGGUUCAUCUUUCAUCUUGAAAAGCAAUAUUCAAGUGCCUUGAACAGCGCUCCCUCGUGUGGUGACCUUCCGCUGGCUGGAGACCCAAACAGUAGCUCCCACAAGCAGCCACCUAUCCUCUUCAUACUCUCAGCUUAAAAAGCUGAAUUGUACUCCUCCCCCGGAGGAAAAAAUGAUUCCACAUAAAACACUAACACUUCGUCACAGGCCACUGUUCCAUUUCAAAUGCUGUUUUCUUAAUUGGAGGCAGUAAUCCUAACUAGGUCUCACGCCAUCGCCCAAUUGGCUAAGUGAGAGCCCACCAUAAAAUCGAUGCUCACAUCAGCCCCUUGACACCUCUUGCUUCAUGCCAAGUCCCCUUAUGGCAUCUGAAGUGGCAGGAAUAUGGGUUCUUAGACGCCUGCCCUCUCACUUCCUCUCGGACCUGGCUCCCAUUCACCACCUCCUCGAAACAUCAGUCAGUGAGAUGUCUGACCACUGUAUAUUAGACUUCUCUCUUAAAAGAAUAAAAUUUAAGAAUGCAGGCACUUAGCUGAAGUUCAUAUCUUCCUAGUUAGCCACCUUGAAAGUGCUUAUGACUGUAUCCCGGCUUUGAAUCAGGGCAAACUCCAGGGGAUGUAGUGCUAGGUAUUCAGCCACACUGAAAAUGAGGCAAGAAGAUAGCUGUCCGCCUUCGAGGACAGAUGCUUCUGCUCGGUGUCUGUCUCUUUGGUAAGCUUCCCUCUGAUGGGCAUCUCUCUUGUUUAAAGUCAGAUCUGGUAGAUGGCCCAGGACAUAGCAGGACUGUGAGCUGAGUGACUCUGAAUGCUUGUGGCCAAUAGAGUCCCUGCCCGUUGCCACGCCAUAGACCUACAUAGCCCAUCUGCCUCUACAGCCAGGGCCAAAUUCAACUGUGGAGUCUAUGAGGAAGCUUAGCAGGAAGCAGCUUGUAUCCAAUGCAAAAGGGGUGCACUCUUGGCAUCAACUAAGCACCCCAAGGUUGUGUAGCUGUGAAAGCCCCAGAGGUGGAGAGUCAGAGUACAGAUAACCAGCAUCAGAGAUGCCCUCCCUUGCCACAGCAAGACUUUGUCUCUUCGGAGCUACAAGCUCUUAAACAGCAAGGCUCAGUGGAUUCUAGGCACCUUGGAAUGGUUUGGUUCCUGUCACAUGCUCCUGCUUUCCACCUGCUGCCCUGGACUGCAGUCAUUCCAGUCAGACCCCUGAGGCUAUGAGCCAUCCUUGCAGAGGUCAGGGAGCACAUGGAUGCAGUGGAAGGCUCUUGGCUGUGUUCCUCCUGUCCUUCAAUGUCUCCCCUUUCUGUCUCUUCUACCUCACCACUUGAUGUCACUCAGAGUUGUGAAGCAAGUGGCCUGGGGGGCGGGGGUGCUUAAGAGGCUGCAAGUUUGAUAGAUCAUCUCGAUCGGCAGGUGUGCUUUCUGCCUCCUCAGUGAGCACAUCCUAAAGUGCUGUCUGGAGUCGGCUAAGCACAGGGAUUUUCCUCUUGGCUUCCAGCUGUUCUUGAAAUUCCGGCAGCUGUUGGGUCUGUAGGCAGGAGUGGUCUCCAACCUCAGAAAUUCUUGUCUUUUGCUCGGCCUUCCCACACAGCUGUCAGACUCCAUCACAGCCAUGUCUUCAGCCCUGGGUUAUCCCCAAACAAUAUGAGCACACUUCCCCAGGAACUGUGGCUGUCCGUGUCUCUAGACCUUACCAUGAGCUCUGCUUUACAAACAGCUGUCUCCAGGAAAGGGUCAGACAGUUUUCUACCCCGCCACGCAUUCGUGGUCCCAAAAGAACAUGCCAAUUUCUGUUCCCUGUGGGAGGAAAGCAGCUCCCAAGACAGCCGGUGGACCUGGGUCAUACCUGCUCUGAUGACCAGAGCGUGUACCUGUAGGCAUAGGGAACUAUGUUUUAUUUUGUUGUUCCCAUCAUGAAUGUCAAAUUCACCAGACGCAGCUGCUGCUGCUGCAGUUUCUCUGGAACUUAACUGAAUCAGGAGUAGGCUUUAUGGCCACUUUGGCCCAGGAGGCCUGAGACUCUAAGUGGCUUGGUUCCAUCUCCCAGAGGUGCUACCCACCAGUCUGACCAGUAAACUUGCAUGCUAAGAGAAUGGGCUGAUGAGAAAUUUUCAUUCUUGUCACUUCUGCCAGUGCUUUUCAGAUGGAAACUACCAGGAAAGUGAGAGUAGGGACAAGCUCCUCAGUAAAGGAUACAGUUCCAGCCAGUGGAAGAGACAGUUUAGGAACAGCAAAGGAAAAGCCAGGAUUCCCCGUGUACCACUUGAGGACCUGCUUCUUCACUGAACCCCAUCCCACUCCUGUGCCGCCCACUACUCCUCUCCUGCCCCCUUCCCUCCAAAGAGUCCACGGCCACAUCUUCAGUGGCAUAUCGAGUUUUCAUUUUUGGACAAAGUGACAUUUAGCUUUAACAAGACAUUUCCAAAGCUCCUGGUCUCCUUUGAAAUGCUGACUUUAAAAGUUCAGCAUUGUUGCCAAGGAUGCGGGGGAGGGGCUAAUGAAAGAAAGACUUAGAUUAUGCAUGAAUGUGCACGCCCCGUCCCUCAGUUAUUCAAAUUUCAAAUGCCUUUGAGUUGCUUUUCAUAGAUGGGUUUAGUUUGCUCAUGUUAAGUAGUCUGUUACUGUAAGUUUUGUAGUAUUCUGGCUUUAAUUUCUACCACAAAUAUGCUAUGUACUAAGCUUUCUGUGAUCAGAAAGGAAAGGUGCCUUAAAUCCCAAUACCACGCCUCUAUCCCUAUGGAAAAUAUAUCAGAAGCACAGUGCCAGGAAGCAUUGGGACUUCCGUUGGCAAAAUAGGACACCAUUCAGCAAGACACAUCCAAGUGGCACGGGGCUGCUUUUGUUUGCUAAUUCCUUUUUUUUCUCCCAACCUAUAAUUAUCUUUUGUUUGUUGUUUGUUUAUUUUAUUUUUUUUGUAGUUCGCUUUAAACAGGAAGCACUUAAUAGAUGGCUCUGUGUCGAAGCUCUGUGCAAUGGAAAUCAUGUUGCUUUUGUUUGGGGGGUUUGUUUUGUUUUUCUUUUCUUGUUUUAAAAAGAUAGCGUUAUUGCACACCAAAUGAACUCCUAAGUAAGCUUUAGAACCAGGAUCGAUUCAGGUCGUGGAUGGGUAUGUUCACUGUAGUUCUGUGUGUUCAUGAACCGACGGGCAAGCUGGCCUCCCUUGGCCACUGAGGCUCAGCCCUGAGCCCUGGGUCAUGGCUGCCUGGGUCCCAGCGGGGAACCUUCCCGGAUGUCUGACCCCACAGUCGACCCUUGAAGCACUUAACCCUCUCUUUGUGGAGAUAGACCGACUGCUACUGAUCUGUCAGCGUACUCGAGGGUGAUUAUAAAAGGAUGUUUCUUUAAGAAAGAAAAGAUAUUUCUAUCCUCUUCUAAUUUAUUAUUAGGUUAAUCAUUUAAGUACUUAUCAGGAGUGUGUUGUCAUUUUGUGUUGUUGUUGCCAAUGCUUUUGCUGUCACUCCAGUGGUUAACUGUCCCUUGCUCCCCACCUCUCUCCUCCCCAUCCCAGAGUCCAAAGAGGUCUGGGCCCAGCAGUGGGAGGCAUGAGGGACAGAAGGGAGUCCUCCAGCACAAUCAGACACCUGUCUCCCCGGUACCACUCAGAACCUGGCGGUCUCUACAUAUCUUAACUGUUCAGUCGAGAGAGUUGACGAACAAAGCUACCCACGUCAGGCAGCACUGGGGGGAGGCUUGCUCCCAGAGGCGCUGCAGUGCAGUGAGAAAAACAGAAAAGCCAAGUUCAAGUUCCCCCAAAGCCUCCUAGAGCCUCUGUUAAAACUUCUGGGUUCAUGAAUGUUUGACGAGCCUGGCAGAAGAGAGGCAGGCAGUCAGGCCGUCACCCUGAACUGGAAGGUGGUUUCUCAGUGGUCCCCACAGGUGACCACGGCAUUGAUUUUCACUGUCAGUUGUCUUUCCUUGCAUUCAAAGUUAGCCAAAAGCAUCUUUUGAGGCAACAGGUAUUUCCUAGCACUGGAGGUGGCUAGAGGGCCCUCACCUGGAGCCCGGGUUGAGAGAACCCUCCCUCCUCCUACGUCAGGAGAAGUGGAGAAAGGACUUUCCAUGGUGGAAAUUCCGCCAGCAACAAGCCCCCAUUGCUUGCUCAGUGGAGGGUAGGGGAUGUGAGACUGACCUCUACCUGGGUGGGGGGGCAAACUUAAAAAAGAGGCUCACCCCAGGGACAGGUGAAGGGCCUGCUCACCGCUAGGCAGGGCAGGAUACCUGCUUCUACCCUAACGGUCCACUGAGCCCAAAUCCAAAUUUCUUUCUGUAUCUUAUCCUUCCCAUUCUUUGAAAUCUGGGGGGCAGGUCCUACUCAUCUCUUUGGGGGUAAAAUAUCUCCCAUAAAAUUGCCCCAAUCCCCCAAGGGUUUUUGUUUUUCUUAGUCUAUGCAUUUCUCUCUCUGCAUCUCUCUAAUUCUCUCCUCCCACCCCAAACACACAAAAUAGACAUCUCAUGUCCCACCCUCUGAGACCACCCCUGCCUCAGAAAAAUGCCGGACAUUUUGAAGACAUGAGAAUGCAUUUAAAAAAAAAAAAAAAAAGCCUUCAAGCAUUUUGAAAAUAGCUUGUCAUAAGCUGACAGUGGGGAGGAAUCAGCUCCAUGAUUUUCCUGAGUCCCUUCCCAUAGGACAAGAGACCUAGCUCUUUGCGUUUGUGCAAUAACUACUUGCUAGGAGAGCGGGUAGCACCACCCUCCUCUAGACUACUAACACAGCACAAGACACACGUCAGCCCUUCCUAAGCCCCUCCCCCAUCAUGUGUUACAUUUUAGCAGUAUUUACUUUUUUUUUCUGUCAGGCACUAAGUCUUAGGUGUUUAUAGAGCUUGUGUGUUAAUACAAUCACGGAUCUUAUCAUUUUAUUUUAAUCCUCACCAAGACCCAAUUGACCAAAAAGAAGCAAGAGGAAGAAAAAAAAUUGUAAAAGAUGUCUCUCUCUCUUUUUUUUUUUUUUUUUUUUUUUUUUUUUUUUUUGUACAAGUAGCUUUGAGAAGCCUUGUGUUGCUGUGACCAUCUCCUAUCACAGUCUUGAUUUUCUUGUGAUUUGUUUUUGGCAUUUAAGAGUUGGUCCCGGCUGGCGUGGGGGUGGGGGAGGCACCCGUCGGCCCCUCAGCGCCGUCCCUUGUCUUUGGUUAGCCAUACGAAAUGUUUGUUCUCUGCACUGUCCCACGGUCCCUAUUAUGAUACGGAGAAGCAAUAUCACCGAAGCUCACACCAUGUAUUAUUCCUCACUAGCACCCUAGGUGUGAUCAUUGAAGUAAAUAUCUUUUAUACAAACACAA